AAUCAGACAGCCCGAGAGUGAGCGCAAGAGUGAGCGAGCGAGAGAGCCCCAGCUGGAGGGAAAACUCCGUAGUGACGUUUGGCUUGGCGAAUUUAGUAUAAUUUUGCAAAUCGACGGGGCCCGUAUGCGUCGGAGAGGGCUGCACGAUGUUUAAGAAUCUCAGCUUGGAGAAACUGAUCUGCCCGAUCUGCCGAGGCAUCCUGGUCGAGCCCGUGACGCUGCCUUGCAAACAUGCGUUGUGCCUUGAGUGCUUCGAUGGCUCCAUGGAAAUGGCCAACCUCACUUGCCCGAUGUGUCGGAAAAGAGUCGGCGCGUGGUUGCGCAAGGAAAGGAAAGAAGGCAGCCUGGUGAACGCCAAACUCUGGGAGCACAUCCAGCGAAACUACGCCGAAUACGUUGCUAUGAAACAAAAAGGCGAAGACGAUUGUCUGGAAGAUGUGCUCGAGGGAUCGGCGCCCGCACCUGUCAAAAUCUGCGAGCCGGGCGAGAUUCGCAAGGAGUUCGAGUCCACGCAGGCCAAAUUGGACGACGAAAUGCGUGCCAAGCAGGAAGCUGAGGAAAAAGCGUCUGCCGAACUCAUCAAGCAACUGCGGGAGGAGGAAGACUUAGUGAAGAAGAGAGAGGACGAAGACGAAAGACUGGCCAGAGAGCUACAGUCUCAGAUUGAGCUGGAAAUCAACGGAUCAAAUAGCAGAUUGGAGCCAAUGGAAGUGAACGGAGAGCAGCAAAAAACAGAUGACAAAGAAAACAAGUUGGGUGCUUUUGCGUCCUCGGUUCGAGGCCCCCUGGAUGUUUUCUUUUCGAAAGUAAAGCCCCUGCAGGGCAACAGUCGAAGCAACUCACCGCAGACUGAUAGAAGUUUUACAGACGAAAGGGAAAGUUUGAAAAUUAGCAGAUGCGAUAGUAUCACCAACGAAUUCCCACAUUACGAGUUUGCACCUAUUCACAGAGUUCCUCAAACUCCACCAAAGUUGUCACCAGAUGGUGCAGUGCUUCAAGUUCCACUAAUUAGAGCGACGCCUGUCAAACACUUGCAGUUUGAAGAAACUCCUGCAUGCAGCCCACCAUUGGUUAGACAGUUUUCAACUCUUCACUUCUUUGAAAAGCGAGAGUCUUCAACUCCUAAAAACUACUUCAAACCACAUUCUUCGUUCUCAGCUUUCAAAGGCUACCAACCAAAGGCAGUCAAACGGGAGUUGUGCCCUUCGAGUUCUUUCAUUCACAACAAAGUGCGGCGGGUCGGAGAGUCGACCGAGGAGGAGAUGAAUUUGGUGGGCGACGACUACAGUUUUGACCGCGGCUCCAACUCGCCCGACCCUUUCGCACUUAGUGACGACGACGAUUCCGUUGACGGAAUUUUAUCGAAAAACAAAAGGUCGGACAGCCUAAAUUACUCUAAGUACCUGAGUACUUUGGAACAGGAGAGACAAGAUGCCCUGAUGGCAAAACAGCUUCAGGACGAGCUUGACGAGGAGGUCAAAGCGCACACGUCGUAUCAAUUGAGGACCAGGUCUUUGGACAAGAAGGUUGCUCAGAGGGGCAAGGGUGGCCGCAGCAGUGGCAAUCAGCCGACCCUGAGAGAAACGCUGAGAAGGGCGGCUGCAAAUAAAUCCACAAACUAGUUGCAAUCUUCCUCGAGGUCGAAAAUCAACUAUUACAACACACUAAUUUUUCAAAAGUUUCUCCAUGUUGAAUAAGUGUACCAAACCCGUUGUAUAAAAGUAGCUCUUUAGACUUUUAGAUAUAUACCCUUUACUACUAUUACUAUGAUAAAGAGCAAUCAUUUUUGUACAAGCAUCUAAACAAAUUCAACAUAAAAGAUAACGAGGAUAAAAAUAAGAUAUACCAUGAUUUUCCAAGAGCACCUUGUAUAUAGCCAAUAUGUCGUAGAGAUAAGAGAAUAACGAAAGCAACUUACAUGGUAUAAUUAUUAUUUCCUUUUCUUGGAUAAGACAAGUGAUUUUUGGCAUUUUUGUUCUCAUUGAGAAGCGAUCGUGCAAAUUAGUAUUUAGUCCUCCGAGUCCACAAUUUCUCUGAAAAUAAUAUACUUGUCGAAAGGAAUGAAUGAAAUUUAUUCAUCACUCAAGUAAAUGCCAGAAUAAUGAUAUCACAAACCACAUUUUCUGUGUGCAAGGCAUUGCUGUCAUUUUUUUAUUGUAAAUUUUUGAAAUAUAACAUCUGCUUCUCUCCUCACAAAUUUUAUUUGAAAAGACAUUUUUUUUAUCACGUCUAAUUAAGUAUAAUGGCAAUUUAUAAUCACUUUUUCACACACACACACACAAAUGCCUAUUGCGUUGUAUCAAAACUUAGAAAUUGUUCCGACAUUUCAGUUGUGGUGGAAAAUUUAAAUUGACAAAUCAAAUUCUCGAGUGUCCGCUUUUUGGGCUCUUACAAACGAUAAGCAUUUUCUAAUUCCAUUGUUAAUUUUUAAGUGGUGAAUCCAAGCUCUUCUUACUUAGGAAACUGUGCGUCGCGCGUGUGUAAAUUAAGCAAUUGAUUAAUUUUGAUUUUGUUACGAUAAUAAUCUAGUGACAAAUAUUACUCGUAAACUCCGCACGGAGGUCUGUUAUUUUUGAUCGAAAUAUUCAGUACAAACAACUGUUAUACUUUGUUGAUUGAGAAGCUCUGCUGCAUCAAAUUUAUUUUGUAUCUCUGAAUGAAAAGUGCCUUAUGAUGCUGCGCACAUUAUGUUGAAGAAGACGAAGCUGUAAAGUUAAGUUGACACAAUUUAUUCUGUAUAAAAAUUGACAUUUUUUAAUGGAAGGAAAGAAUUGUGUACAUAAUGUUGUGGGAAAUGUGCCAUGAAAGCAAGCUCUGUAACAAAAUAUGUAUAAAUAAAUUCAUAGAAUGUAAAAUG